AGACACACACUGUUCGGUGAUAAAUCUACCAUCCGUAUCAACCCGACAUUAUCCACAACAGCACGUGUAAAUUAUUUAAAUCGUUAGACUAGAUUAAUAUCGGAUCACCAGGUACGGAUACGUACUACAUAAAUAUGGCCUUCUACGACAGAAUUUGUGUGUGAAUAUUGACUUUGGCCAAUGACAAGUGAUUCUGAUCUCUUGCCACAGAAGCAUCAUACAGCUACAUUUAUACCUGUAAAGAUUGUCAUUGCUUAGGGAUUAAUGCGUUAUCAUACCAUGCAGGAGUGGGAUCGCUCAUUUGGUGCCAACCGGAAGUAGUAAUGUCAUUGCCAUGUUCUGUGAAAAUAUUUAAGAUGACCAAAGACACGUGAUUUAGUUGAUCAAUCAAUGUUGAAAUUUUAACAUAUGAUGCCUCGAUGUCGCGCUGACCCCUGACCUCCCUAUCCUGACCACGUGAUCAACAUGUGGCCUAAGGCGGAAGUUCACACCAUGGUCGGCCUGGUCAUCUAUAUCCUGCUGUGUUUGGCUAAAGAAGCUGAUGCCAUUGGAUGCUUUCAGUGCACUUCCGUCAACAAGGGAAACUCCGCGUGCGAGGAUUCCUUUAACAACACAGAUGAUAAAUACUAUAUCUCCGACUGUUGGGCUAGUCGUAGUGGGCGCCACGGUCUCUUUCCCGCCACCGAGUGUAUCAAAAUGAUCGCUAAUGACGAUUCUACGGGAUUCUCGCUAGUGGUACGGGACUGUGUAGUAGAUAAUGGCGGCACUAAUUCGGAGACAGAGAUCGGACGACAGAGCCACUGUGGGUGGAUGCGGGAGAUUCAAUACGAUGACAAGAGGAUGAAGGGAUGUAUCCUCAGCUGCAACUCUGACGGAUGUAAUGGAGCGUCCGGACUAAGCACACUGCACGUGCAAACGCUUGUCUCAUUGGUGCUUGUAACUAUAUUGGCGAGACGGAAAUUAUCCGGCGUCAGCUGAUGGAGGCAUGGCAACGGAAACACAAAUGUUCUGUGGUGAUUUUCGAGACAUUCUGGUGAAGAAUUGGAAUUUAAAAAUCAAACGUUUUGUUUUCAAAAUGUGUAGUUGAUUUGGGUUUUCAUAUAAGAUAAUUAAAACAAAUUAUCUCAUCGUGAUAAACUUUGUCAGAAGGAAAACGUAUGCGACGUAUAAGCUUUGACAAAUCACGUGUAAUUCUUGCCUAUGUUGUGCAGUGUCCUAUUACGGACGAAUGGCUGUGUUAUAGACACUUGUUUCAGUAUAUAUUGACCAAGGCAACCAAGGACACACCAUAAACUUGCAAUACCUUCAGUACUCGUGACGUACCACAAAAAAACCUGUGUAUAACAAUGGUUACAAUGGAGUCACUCCACCAUAAAAUGUAGAUUUGUCUGAUACAUUAUACUACAGGACAAACAUGUUAUGCAUGAUAUUAUGCAGCAAAGAUAUAUUCAAUCUAUAAGCUAUUAGCCAGAAUACUGUAAAAGUAUAUAUUUUUGCGGUGAUAUUAUUUUAGCACUGAACGCAUUCUGCUAAAUUGUCACUGUGUCAGUUGCAAUUGUGUACGUUUCUUGUUUCUGAAGGCAAGUAAUUUGGAUGCGGUAAUUCAGUACUUCGCUGAUCUGUUUAGAUUCGGCUUUGCGCUAAAUUUUGAGACCGCAAAAAAAAACAACAAACAAACAAACAAACAAACAAA